AUGACUGCAAUGAUGGAACUGAAUGAAACGCUGCAGCUAACCGCUACGCAAGAGAUUGCAGACGUGCGCGACAUUGCCACUUCUGCUGGGGCCCAGUUGUCCGAUCUAGUGGACUGCUACGUGAACGCUCCUCCAGGAAGAAGUGCAGCGGUGAGGGAAGCUCUUUUGUCGGCACUGCCCGCUGAUGUGCAGCAACACCCACCCGCAUUCACUGUCGUGGAGAUGCCAGGGGAGUACCAGUUCAUUCCGAACUCGAUAAUGUGCGUGGCUGCGCUGGGCAACGAAACUUCACCAGCGCAGAGGCAGACUUGGAAGUAUGAUGGCGUGUAUGGCGUAUCUGCGAAAGGCAUGCUCUUUGUCGAGGGCGCGUCUGCCUCACAGGGGUGUUCAAAGAAUCCUGUCCUGGAAACGCAAGAUGUGCUAACACGCAUCCAUUACCUGGGCAACAUGGCGGGCGAUACUUUUGACUUGGUCGACUGCAACGUGUACGUGGCUGAUAUAAAGGAUGCCGCCGCUGUUCGACAAGCCAUUACAGACUUCCACAUCACCAAAGUGCAGCCGGCCAUCACUCUUGUGCAGGCUGACGGUUUGCCUGACGCUAGAUCGGUACUGCUCCGCUGUACGGGAACAAUAUCGGCUUCGCCAUUGGUGAGGACGAGGCCAGUGUCUAUAAAUGGCGCCACCAUUACCGACAGAUUUGUGUUUGCGUCGGCCCAACUUGGCCGCAAUUCUUCAGGCUCUGACGCCUUUGUUGGACUGCAGAAUGUCCUGAAAGCUGCAGACGUCGGCCUGAAGGAGGUUGUCUCGUGCUCCUUCUUUGUCAAAAAUCAGUCUCAGAUGUUCGACCUUUUUGCGGGCUUCUAUGAGACCUUCAACAAGGAAAAUCCACCCCCGCCAACACGUGGCGAAUACCAAGCCGAGACCGAGUGUGACGAUUGCUUGGUUGCAGCGAAAUGUGUGGCAGCUCGUUUGCCACCUGUCGCAGCCUCGAGCAGCCUCGGCGUGGAUGGCUCUGUACACUUGGUCAUUUAG